AUGGCUCCUAGCAAAGAUACUGCCGGCCCGUCGCAGGAAGCGCUGCUGAGACUCGAAAAAAGUACAGAGGACAGCGACAGACAACUAGUCGCUGCAGCACAGAUUCUGAAGCUAGAUCUGUCCGACACUGCCUCUCCGUUACCGAGUCCAGACGCAUUCGAGUUAAUAACUCGACCCGCCCCGAAGGAAGAAUGGGUGCUGAGAUGGCUGCUUAAACGACUAAAGACAGCGACAUAUCGAGUGCACCCUCGUUCUUAUAUUCUCCUUCAAAAGCUUUUACAACGAAUUUCCCGAAGGGCAAUCGCAUCGACGUUUGUUGAAUACAAGUUUGCCCAGUUAUUAAAGGAUAUCGUGGACGAUCUGAACAACGCUGUCUUCAAGUCGCUUUCUGAUGGCAUAACCCGGUCACCUUCCGACUCCGAGACCAGUGAGACCGUCCAGGGAUCUCCGGUCCGGUCAAAGAAACGAAAGAGAGGAAAUGACAAUGCCGGUGCGGAUGAUGAUAUCGUUAUGCAUGAUGCGGGCAGUGGAGACUCACAAUCGGAACAUGCAGUUCUGGCUUACAGUCGGUUUUCGGAUGCUUUAUAUGUUCUUAUGAACCUAGUCAAUGAUCAGAGCGACCGAGGAAAUGUGUCACAGUUUCAUUUACAGCAAUCGCUUCGGCUGGAACCUGCAGUUCUCGCUGGGAUAUUAGGCAAAUUGAUAAGACUAUCUGGCGGUCUAGCCGUUGAGUAUGUGCAGGAGAAGCAAAGCGAUCAGCUGCUGCAUCUUUUGAAGAUGACUACCGCAUAUUUCAGUUUGUGGGAUUUCAAAAAAGCGGGCAUCAACAGUGCCGACAAGAGUUCUAUCAAUACCGCAUUCUCGGAAUCUUGCUUCCUCGAAGCUCUAAGACUUUAUCGUAUUGUACUCUCGUCUGGAGUGGAUAGCGAAGAUGCUCGUUUCAUCACACGUUCUAUUGAGAAGCUUAUUGCUCUCCAUGUCGUUCUCCCCGCACGAAGUCUGUUUAUGGAUCGAGGCGGAUCUGGAAUAGACUAUUCAAAAGAUGAAGACCCUGACUGGAGUGCCGUACAGCCAGUAACCGCAACAUUCAAACCGCUCUUCGAAGACCGCUCUCCAAUAGAUAUAAAAUGCAAUGAUGCCAGCUCUGUCGACCAAAACUCCUGCAUCUUCCCUGCAACCUGGAAACCAGCAGAACUCAUUCCGACUUUCUACGAUAUUGUUGCGAGGUCUGUACCGAGAGAUUCAUUUCGCCGACAGAAUACCGAAGCGUCAUGGCUCGAAACAGUCUUUGUGGCACUAGCGGAGCUGGCGUAUUCGAGUACCCAGAAGCUCGGCGGUGAUUCCCUUGGCUUCAUACCACUAUUGGAACAGCUGUUCAUUGUUGUCCGUGCUCGAAAAAUAAGCUUAUCUUUGCAUACCUUCCUCACUCAUGCCUCCUAUACCGGUCUUUUGAAAGGAAAGGAAUAUCCCCAGCACAUACGUUGGAGUCUCACAGCCUUGUUGAUUGAGCUUGGUGCAGAUAUCUUCCUACCCAACUCUGGUUUCAAAGAUUCAAGUCGUCUUUUAGAUGCCCUAUUUCAAUCCCUUCAUCAUGUUCGGAGCGAUAUGAGCAACCAGGAAACUUAUCAACUUGUGAAAAAGAAAGUGGUCAUACCUUUACUGCGCGCAUUUGCUGCUGCCAGAGAUCUUCCGACUUUUGCCAGGUUUUGGUAUGAGCAGUUGCGUGAGAUUGAAGUUGCACGAGAUAACCAGGACAUGGUCACCGAAAAAUCAAUAUAUUCGGUAUGGGAGGACGAUGAUGUUCUUGUCGUCUACCAGGAGGCAUUGAAGAGUACUACAAGCAACGUCUUCCUGAAAUCGCAGAUCGAGACAGCUAUAUCUACUGUGACAAAAUCAGGACAUAUUUCAAAAUCGCCAGAGUCGUACGCCUAUUUCGUCAUCUUAGAAGCCGGUUCUCGUAUAUGGGGGCACAAUGGGCUUCCAGGUUUACGCAUUGACCUGGUGACUGGUUUGAUGGAAGCACUGUACAAGACAUUAUCGAAACGCAAGGGAGAUAGACAUUGGCUUUGGCGUUUGUGGAGAGUGGCCCGGAACUUGAUGUCGAUCAGCCUCAAGAGCACUCUCAACACCCCGAAUGAGCUUGCAGACAAGUUUAAACGCGAAGUCUUGGUUGUGACAAACUUUUCGACCGGGCCAACAAAGCUUAGAUCUGGGUGGAAUGGCCAUCAGGAGAGCUUCGAGGCUUGUCGAUUUUUGAUGACCUUGAGCAAAGACUUAUAUCCUGCCACUUCGGCCGAACGGAGGGAAAUUUUACAUGUUAUUAUUAAUUGCCUUACGGGAUCAUUCGACUCUAUCAUUGAAGCUAAGCUGGAAGGAUGGAAUGGUCGUUAUCAAGAUAUUGAUGGACUAGCUCAGCAGGCGACUGCCGUCAUUGAGUGUCUGCUAGAACAUCCGGACCUACUAUCCGAGCUCGUGUUUGAAGACUUGAAAAUCUUCGUCAAGUUCUUGUGGGAUCUUACUUCUUCUUCCAGCAAGGACUGGAAACAGAACAAAAUACCCGAAAUUACCGAAUGCGUGUCUUUCAAGCAAUUAUGGCGCGUUUUUGUAUCCUAUGACUAUCUUACAGACAACCCACCAUUGGCUUCGGCAGUUGCCCGCGCUCUUUGUGAGUCGUUCAUGGAAACGAUAGAGGACGGCCAAAAACAGUCGGCGAUUUUUCGAUAUUUACCGGGCAUUGUUCAGGACUUACCAGGCAUUCCUGUUCGUCACAGCGAAGUGCCCAAAUACAAAGACGUCGUCGAAGCUCUCAUGACGAAAGUGGACUACCCUGCGGAGUUUGUUCCUUUCAUAGUGUCUUUGAUAAAUGGGUGGUGUCAUGAAUCGCGACAGGUUGGGCCGGAUAUUCUAGAAUGGAUUACAUCGGACAUUCCGUUACAAGAUUCGUCCGUGGACAUGCGCACAAUUGAAUCCUUCCGAUCCCUAAUCUGCACGGUGUUUGAUUGCGAGCUUAAAGCAUGCAAGUCUCCUGCCGAGAUGAGCAAAUUCAUGAAACGUUUCUAUAAACUCACGACGUCCCGAGUUGAACCAUCCACAAAACAGUUGGAAUUAAGUGUCAAGAACAAGCGUCAACCAUCAACCCUUACGCCUAUCUUUGUGGGAACCUCCAUGCGGUUGCUGUGGGAACGCCAGGCGGUUGAGUCGAAAGUAUUGAGCGAUAUAGCUCGUCAGCGCGACAAGAUCUUCGGUGUAUUACUGGCCCGUCUUGAUCAUUGCACGAAGACUCUGCGGCAGAAAUCGCAAACUGAAGUGGCUGUUCUACUUGCCACGACGUUUCAGAUGUUAGAAGACUUUGACGAUCUCGCAUCCCAACAGAAUGCAGAACUUGACAAGUCCUCCGAACUAGGAGAGAAUUACCCCGAUUUGAAAGUCGGUAUACAAAGCAUCGCUCAACGGCAGAAGAUCGCUCGAGCAGCUAGGAGUAAGGGCUUUGGCUUCAAUGAUUCGACAUUACUACAAGGUAUUGGACUAUGCCGAAUGCAAGCCUGUGAACAGACAUAUCUUGCACGGGAGUUUACGACGAAGCUGAAGGAUAUGAAUAAUGCAGACCGCAUCAAAGCGAUUGACGAACUCAAAACUACUGGAUUCAAUGGUUCGGAGGGGGCAAGCCGACUGCUGCUUAGUGGGUUGGCGGUGUCAGUACUCGAUGAAAUCGUGGAGAAAGACAGUGCUGAAGCGCGAGAAGUUUCGUCAUUAUGCACUGCUGUUACGAACGUCCUACAGCAUAGUAUCAAUGAGAUUGAGCGGUUUUCUCUAGCAGCGGAGUGCGUUGAUAUCAUUCUUCGCUUGCAUCCCCGAGGAGUGAUUCAAUACAAUAUCGACAGCUGUCUCACGGCAGUCACGACAACGAUGUCGAAAAUUGAUUCCACACGUGAGACAAAUGAUAUAUCCCCCAAGUCUAUAAGUACAAUCUACACACGUCUCUGUCGCAUACUGGGCACCAUUGUUGGACUUUAUCGACAACAACUCGGCGGACGAUUCCACCUCUUGAUUCCGGCACUACAGAGUCUUCUCAAGGCACUAUUUGCGCCGAAUCAAAAGCGCACUCAAGGAAGUCGACUUGCCCUCGGGACCUCUCAUACCGUACAAUUCACACGUCUCCUUACAUCCCUUUGCGACCCUACGGUAUCAGCAGUAUCCCGGCCUAGUCGACCUACCGGCAAUAGUAGCCACAGCUUGAUCGACCAAACCAAAAGGGCGAAAGUAAUCGCAGGUCAACACCUCCGAAUGCUCAUUGAAAGCUAUGCACAAUAUAUGCUGGAAGCGCCACUUCAACCCGAUAUCAAGACCGCGCUGGCUCCGGGAUUGUACGCGAUACUCGACGCAAUGCCGGCAGAGAGCAAACGGGGAUUGAAUGCCGGGAUGGAUAUUUCGUCGCGCGCGAUAUUCAAGACGUUGCAUGAGGAGUAUGCUAGGUUUGGAAAGUGGAAUAGCAAGGGAUGA